CUUGAGAAACAACUUCUUCACUGAGGUGGGACCAAUAUGCUCGAAGCUGAUAAGGAAGAAAGUUCUAGACGUUUCGAACAACUGCAUUUCGGGCCUUCCCAAACAGAGAUCCAAAGCCGAAUGCGAAGAGUUUUUGUACAGGCCCAAAUACUGCGGAGACGACAAGUCGUUCAAGUAUCUUCCUUGCAAAAACAAUUACUAUCUGCACCCCCACGUGUCCAAACCCACCGCUGGAAACGUAAACGACGUGUCGCCUAAGAAAACUUAUGCUGCUCUCAGCCCAGAAGCCCCAUGAUUCUCAUUUCUUAAAGUUUAAUUAAUAAUUUCAUUAUUGAACUUUGUAUUAUAUAAAGUCAUCAAUAAUUUAAAACCAAAUGUAGUUUAUUAUAUGCCAAUUUGAUGCUCGAUGGACCGACAGGGGGUUUUUUUUUUGAAUGCUAUUAUUUUUAUAA